AUGGUGACCACCCCCAUCGAGUAUCCGCUGAUCGAGGGGCAGAGUACAUUAAACAAGCUCCGAGAGAUGGCCCACCGGAAUCAACUCGCACAAAGCAAGACACCAGAGGGGGUCAGUGAGUCUGUGACGCUUUCCCAGCUGCAAGGGGAGCUGGUGGGCGUGCAGAGCUCCCUGUUCUCUUUGGGCCUGGAGCUGGAGGCCAGCCAGAGGAGUCUCAGUCAGAGUCAGAGACAAGAUGACGAUCUGGCCCGCUUCAAAGACAGACUGAAUGCUGACCUCCAGGAGGCGCUGCAGCAUAAGGAAGAGACUGAAAAACACAAUCAGGACCUGCGUUGCGCACUUCAGAAAACCCGCGCCGAGCUCAGGGCUAAGGAAGAAGCUCUGAAGGAAGUCGAGGCCGAGAGGCUCUCCGCGGCGCAAGAAAAAGACAUGAGCAUUGCACAGCUCAAUCACUCUCUGCGGGAGAAGGAGCGACAGUUACAGGAGUACUCACAAAUGUUCGAGACACCAGAAAGUCCCAAACCAAGAGAUGCACUUGUUGAGAAAUUAAGAGAGCGAAUUAAAGACAGAGACAGAGCUUUGGAGCGCACCAUCGAUGACAUGUUCCGCUGCCUGGAUGAACGUGAGGGUCAAGUGAGGACACUGCAGCUGGCGCUACGGGAAAAAGACCGAGACCUGGACAGGCUCCGCUGCAUCCUGCCUAACAAUGAGGAGACCAUCACGAGUCUCGAUGCUCUGGUGCAAAGGAAAGAGCUGGAGCUGGAGCAGGCGGCCGAAGCCUACAGAAACCUUCAGUGGCUGAAACAGGCCAGUGAAGAAAAGGAGAGCAGAACUUUCAGGGAGUAGGACGCCAUCAUUGGCCAGCUGCAAGCAGCGCUGCAGGCUCGCGGCAAGGAGAUACAGGAUCUGACGGCGACCCUGGUCGCCAGAGUUCAGGCCGGCCCCACCGAGGUGGUGGAGGAGCUGAAGGCUCGGCUCCAGCUGAAGGAGAAGCUCUUCCAGGAGCUGCUGUCAGACCGCAGCCGCCAAUCGAUUGAACACCAAACGCGGCUUUCGGACUUGCUCAACACCCUCGCUGACAAAGACCAGUACCUGCAGGACAAUUCGUACAGGCUGUCCUUGGUUAUAAGCGAGUGCACAGGUCAGCUGCAGGAGGUGCGCAGGCAGCUGUCCAAGAGAAAGCAGGAACUGUGCGAGCUGAGGCGGGACAAAGAGAGUCAGGCGGCCGGAGACGUGCAACACCUGCAAGGUCUUCUCCGAGAGAAAGAAGCCUUUUUUAAGGAGAUGAUGCAGAACCAAGAGGAAGUCAUGAUGCGGCCGCCGUCUCCAGAGAGUGAAGAAGACGUGAAGGCCCUUCGGGAAGAGCUGCAUUUAAUGCUUAAGAAGGAGAGGGAAGCCCAGAAAGACUCUGCUCUGCGUUCGUCUUUGGCUGCCCAGCAAGCAAAGGGAGCAGCAACAGCAAGUACCGAGCAUGUGCUGGAGCAGCUCGUCUUGGAGUACCGUCAGCUGAAUGGUGCCCUGAGGACCGAGAAGAGACUCUACCUGAAUCUCAUUCACACCAAUAGCGACAGCUCGGACAAGGUCUUGGCCCUCCACACUCAGCUGGACUCGGUUCAGGCACUCCGCGGGCAACUGGAGGAGGUCCUGACCCGGAUUCAGAACAUGGCCCUGGACCUGGAAAGGGCCACCAAAAGGCAGCGUGACUUAGGAGAUGUCAGCACCGAAGAGGACGAGGGGGAUGAUGAAGACGGCAGCAGCGACGAGUUCACCGACAGCAUAGAGGACGACGAGAAAGUUACACCUGCGAGUUUGCCUUUCACCCAGCCUCAAGCGGCCCGUGGGCAUGAAGGAGAGUCUGCAUUCCUGACGACUCGCACGCAGAGCGUUGAACUGGAGCUAAAAACUGCAGAACGCCGGAAAAUACAGUCGCAGCUCGAGCGGGAGGGAUUCACCUCGGUGACCCAGAUGAGGAGUACACUGCAGAGGCUUUGGAAGGAGAACCGCUUCCUAAAAGAACGUCAAGUGGGGAUGAACCACGGGAGUCUUGACCUGGGUGAGGAGGAGGACGAUACUGAGGAGGAGGACUACUUGGAAGAUGAUGAACUGGGGGCGACGUCUUGCGUGGCUGUCAAGGGUCCGAGUGAGCGUUCGGCCCGGCUUUGUUUGGAGAACCGAGAGCUGCAGGAGAGGCUGAUGGUGUCUGAAGCCACCGUUCACACUCAGGCCGAGCAGCUGAAGGACUACAGGGACCUGCUCACCGAGACAUCCGUGCAGCAGGCCAGUAAGCAGGUGCAAGUGGAUCUACAGGAUUUGGGCUAUGAGACUUGUGGACGCAGUGAAAAUGAAGCUGAGAGGGACGAUGCCAGCAGCCCAGAGUUUGAUGACCUCGAGAUGUGCACGUCACUGUCUCAUCAGCAGGAGGAGGUACUGAAGGGGACGAUUCAAAGACUGAGGAGCACCAGUCGCACCAAGGAGAGCAUGGAGCAUUUCAUCGUGAACCAGCUGUCAAGGACUCGGGAUGUUUUGAAGAAAGCAAGGACAAACUUGGAGAAGAACGAGCUGAGACUUUCCUCUCUAAGCUCCUCGUCUUCCGCUCCCUACGCCGCUGAGGAGCCAGGAGGUGGUGCCAGAGAGCAACCUGCUAAUGUCCGGGGCUUGACGACUGACGGAGUCAAAGCCAACCAGCACUCUGCUGCCAGGAAGCGCACCAGCCGAUGCUUGCUUUAGACCCCGAACAACCGGACUCAAUGCUACGGACCUCCACAUUUAAAAUCACUAAGACCUCCUCAGUCCCCUAAACCUCUGUCUUCAACCAGGCCUUACCAAACUCCCUUCAGCGUCCCCAAACUCCUCAAAAGCGCAGUCAGUGUUAUUCUUUGAGUGGAGCUGUCAGCAAUGUGUAUGAAAGAAGGCGUGUGAAACGUGUACCUGGUGGUUGCAGUGACAAGCCGGAUUGGAACGGCUUGAAGACGCCCCCGAAACGUCGUCUUCCGAGAACAUGUGGAGGGGCAAAGGGUUUUUUCUGCACGUAAAAAGGCAGAAACAAGAAGAAGCACA